UCAAUCACAUAAUCACCCAACAUUUCAGAUUAUCAAGAGAAUUUGCGGUGUUCACAAUAGACGUUCCAGAAAAUUGCAUCAGAUUCAAGUAUUUUUUCGUGUUUUUAUCAAUAAAAAGUUCUAGCAAAAUGUUAGCACGUUUGGCCACAAGACAAAGGAAUUUCCUUACCCGCAACCUAACACAGCUGGCAGCACAAAGAGCAGCAACUCCGGCACAGCGUUCCUCGGCACUUGUGGUGAAGCAAUACAAUGUUCAUUUAAUGAAACAACAACAACAACAGCUGAGAACGGCCUUAGGAGCUACCGUGUGUUCGAGAACUUUUUGUAGCAGCAACAACAAACAAGGAGACGAUGAAGAUCUGCUGGAUGCUCAGGAUUUUAUUGUCAACAAAGAUCAAAAAUUGCCAGCCACAGUGGCAGUGCCAGAGGUUUGGCCCCAUGUUCCAUUGUUGGCCACCAAUCGCAAUCCAGUGUUUCCUAGAUUUAUGAAAAUCUUGGAGAUCUCCAAUCCCCAAUUGAUUGACUUAAUACGCCGUAAAGUGAAACUGAAUCAACCCUAUGUUGGCAUAUUCUUGAAAAAAGACAGCAGCAACGAGGCAGAAAUUGUUCAAAAACUAGAUGAGGUCUACAAAGUGGGUACUUUUGCACAAAUUCAAGAAUUACAAGAUCUUGGCGAUAAACUUAGAAUGGUGGUGGUUGCCCAUCGGCGUAUUCAGAUUACCGGGCAAAUACUGGAGGAAUUGAUGCCCCAAGAAAAAACAACGACUAUACAUUAUCCACUAUUUAAUAUCAAAAUGCAAAUACCAGCUGAUGAAACAGCUCAGACUGGUAGUAGCAGCAAACCUUCAACAGAUGCAGAACGACGAAAAAUGUCAAGAAAAGCCCGGCCCGGACGUCUGAAUAAACGUGAAGUACCAGCAGAAAGUACAACGACAACCGGGACACAAGAAACCAUAUACGAUAGCAACGUGAAGAAGACACCCUUAACACCGGGCGAUGCAAAGUCAACUAGUGAGACCCCUGAGGCGACCACAAACAAAGAGUCACCUGUAAAUGAAGCAGAGACAUCGUCGGACCCCAUGCCUGUGCUCAUGGUAGAGGUGGUGAAUGUUAAACAUGACAAUUUUAAGCAAACCGAGGAGGUGAAAGCACUAACGCAGGAAGUAAUUAAAACCAUUCGCGAUAUUGUCAUUAUGAAUCCUUUGUAUAGAGAAAGUCUACAACAAAUGCUGCAUCAAAAUCAACGUGUGGUUGACAAUCCGGUAUAUCUCUGUGAUUUGGGUGCUUCCUUGUCAGCUGCCGAUCCCGAGGAACUACAAAAAGUUAUGGAAGAAAUGGAUAUCCCAAAACGUCUUCAUCUGGCUUUGGCCAUUUUGAAAAAAGAACUCGAACUUUCCAAAUUGCAACAGAAAAUUGGUCGUGAAGUCGAGGAAAAGGUUAAGCAACAACAUCGUAAAUAUAUACUCCAUGAACAAUUAAGAGCCAUCAAAAAGGAAUUGGGCAUUGAAAAGGACGACAAAGAUGCCAUAGGAGAGAAAUAUCGUGAGAAACUUAAGGAUAAAACUGUACCAGAAAAUGUUAUGGCUGUCAUUGAUGAGGAAUUAAAUAAAUUGAACUUUUUGGAAAGUCACAGCUCAGAGUUUAAUGUGACGCGCAACUAUUUGGAUUGGCUAACUUCAUUGCCCUGGGGUGUUACCAGCGAAGAGAAUCUUAGUUUGGAACAAGCCACUGAGAUUCUCAAUCAUGAUCACUAUGGCAUGGAUGAUAUAAAGAAGCGAAUUUUAGAGUUCAUAGCUGUAAGCCAAUUGAAAGGCACAACUCAGGGUAAAAUUUUAUGUUUCCAUGGACCACCAGGUGUGGGUAAAACCAGCAUAGCUCGUUCCAUUGCUCGUGCCUUGAACCGAGAGUAUUUCCGCUUCAGUGUGGGUGGCAUGACCGAUGUUGCUGAAAUCAAGGGUCAUCGUCGUACCUAUGUAGGAGCCAUGCCCGGCAAGACUAUACAAUGCUUGAAAAAAACCAAGACUGAAAACCCUUUGGUACUAAUCGAUGAAGUUGAUAAGAUAGGAAGAGGCUAUCAAGGAGAUCCCAGUUCAGCAUUAUUGGAACUUUUAGAUCCUGAACAAAAUUCCAAUUUCCUUGAUCACUACUUGGAUGUACCAGUGGAUUUGUCCCAUGUUCUAUUCAUUUGCACUGCCAAUGUAAUUCACACCAUACCUGAACCCCUAAGAGAUCGUAUGGAACUUAUUGAAAUGUCUGGUUAUGUAGCCGAAGAAAAGGUAGCCAUUGCUCGCCAAUAUCUCAUACCUCAAGCUAUGCGUGAUUGUGGUGUAGAGGAGAAACACAUAACCAUUACCGAUGAUGCUUUAAAUACCCUUAUACGCAGUUACUGCCGUGAAUCGGGAGUACGUAAUCUUCAGAAACAAAUUGAAAAAGUUGUACGCAAAGUGGCCUUUAAGAUUGUCCAAAAGGAAGGUGAUCACUUUGAAGUGAAUACAAAUAAUCUCACAACAUUCUUGGGCAAACAUGUCUUCUCAUCGGAUCGCAUGUAUGAGCAGACACCACCUGGUGUUGUUAUGGGUUUGGCUUGGACAGCUAUGGGCGGUUCGGCCUUAUACAUCGAAACAGCCACCCGUAAUGCCGUUAAAUCUUCGAAAUCGGAAAGUAUUGGAGGCACGGUGCAUGUGACUGGUAAUUUGGGAGAUGUGAUGAAGGAGUCUGCACAAAUCGCUUUGACAGUGGCACGAAAUUAUAUGCGAAAUGUGGAUGGCGAAAAUAAUUUCUUAGAUAUUACCAAUGUACAUUUACAUGUUCCUGAAGGUGCAACUCCAAAAGAUGGACCCAGCGCUGGUGUGACAAUUGUAACCGCUUUAAUGUCUUUGGCCACCGAUAAACCAGUGCGGCAAAAUAUUGCCAUGACUGGUGAGGUUUCGCUGAAGGGCAGAGUAUUACCGGUGGGAGGUAUAAAAGAGAAGACAAUAGCAGCUAAACGUAGUGGUGUUACUUGCGUUAUUCUACCUGAAGAAAAUCGCAAAGAUUAUGACGAAUUACCCAAAUUUAUUACCGAUGGUCUCGAGGUGCAUUUUGCCUCAACCUAUGAUGAUGUUUACAAAAUUGCCUUUGGCCAUUCCGAUCAGGAAUUAAAAACGCAGCAUCAGCAACAACAAUAGGAUUAGUACCAAUUAGAAUUCAUAGUCAUUUCUAGAUUAAUGCUAAGCAUUUUAAGGGCCUACAUUUCAAUGAAGAAGAUAUGAUUCUUGCUUCACUUCGCUAUAUUUCUUCCUCAUACACAAUUCGAACAUACACACAUUGUAAUAUGAUAAACGAUUAUUAUACGAUAAUGUUUUAACUUUAAUUUAUCCUUGGCUUUUUUACAAUUUUUCUGUAAAAAGAAGUUGAAAAUGAAAAUAUCUUUAAAUAUAGAGAGUUUUUACAUAUGUUGUUGAUAAUAAUCAUAAUAAUAUAACCCAGUAAUGGUUUUAUGUUGUGAUUAAAUUGAAAA